AUGUACAAGUGGUACGGCAAUGCGUCCUUGUGCCUUGCCUACCUCGCGGAUGUGCACGAUGUCGCCGAAAGCGGGGAUUCGGUCCAAGGACAGCUGAGCGCCCCAGGGUCCGAGUUCCGCGAGAGCGAGUGGUUCACGCGUGGAUGGACCCUCCAAGAACUCAUCGCCCCAGAACGCGUCGUCUUUCUGUGUCAAGCUUGGCGUCUUCUGGGGACGAAGGCUCAGCUAGCUGAAGUCUUCGAAGAGAUCACCGGUAUCGGACAGGGUGUCUUGCUACACGAAGAGUCCCUCCAUGAGAUCAGUGUCGCCAGACGAAUGUCUUGGGCAGCGCAUCGGGUAACCACAAAGCCAGAGGAUUUAGCCUACUGUCUUCUCGGGAUAUUCGACAUCACGAUGCCUACGACCUAUGGCAAGGGCUGUCGUGCAUUCCACCGUUUGCAGGAGGAGAUCCUCAGGACUAUCACGCACACACACUACCCGACCUGCACGAGCAAGCCGAGGUUGAGCACCCUCGUACGCACACAAGCACAACGACGCCCGUCCCCAGUCCCUCCCCCUCCUCUCCCUUCCCCAUCUUCCCCACAUUUCCUCUCCCCAUCUACCCAUGCCUCGUCUUCCCGCCUUCCCUCUCAGCCGUCCUCUCACUCGUCCUCAGGCAAUAGCAGCUACGGCGAGGCGUGUCGCGGCCCUGCGCAGCCUUGCGCUACGCUGCGCCAGAGCCGGAGCAGGAUGCUCAUCGGCGAGGAUGAGGAGGGCGACUCGGGCUUCCACGCAAGCGACUUCGAAGGAGAGCUAGAGCGGGGGCCCGCAGCGCCGGUGGCCGUCGGUGGGGGACAUCUUCUCGCCUAG